UUUGAGUAUCUUUAUAGUAAGAAAACAAUCCUUGAUAUCCAAUGAAAUUUGUUCCUGUUUUUCACUGUAAAAUUGCGAAAAUAACUGAUUGAAUCAUUUAGAACUAAUUCCUUCUGUUCUAUUCUGAGUGUCUGUAUUCACCUACAUGAAAACGUAAAGUUUUUUGUGAUAGUGCUCUAGAAUUAAAACUAGAAAACUUAUUUCAGGUAGAAAAGUGAGUUUUGAACUUUGAUACAAGUACGAUAAUAUACCUGGACGUAUCAGUAUGCUACCUGAUGGUAAGUCAAGAUGCCCAUCAUUAGCUCCUCUUCUUCAUCCUCAGAUGUUAUUUCAGGAAGGAAGUACCUAUAUGGAGGAAUAGGAGUAUUCGUCUUGAUUAUGGUAGUAAUUUUGGCUGUUUACCUCUUCACAUCUUCAGGAAGCGAAACAUUUGUUUUGGAUAGAACACCUUUAUUUGCAGGGAGAAAUAAUUUGGCACAAAAUUUGGAUUUAUUACUGAAUGAUAACCUCACUAUGGUUAACUUCAACCUUGAUCUAAGUAAUGACACAAUAUUCGGGAAGGAAAACUGUACUCAAUGCAAUACAGAUUUUAUACGUUUGAGGAAAGGAAAAGUUAGUUCACAGUUCUGGGUAGCAAGAGCUGGAUGUAAAGAAAACACAAAAAUAACAGAUACUGUAAAGCAACUUGAUGUGAUAAGCAGAAUGGUUCAGAAUUAUUCAGACUAUCUACAAUUGGUCAGAACAUCGAAUGAUCUAGAGGACGCAUAUGAAAACAAAAAGUUGGGCAGCAUCAUGUUCAUUGAUGGUGGACAGUCUCUGAUGGAAAGUACGGCAUUCUUGAGAUCUUUCUAUUAUAUGGGUGUUAGAGCAAUGACCUUAGCGUCAGGAUGUGACAAUUCAACCAUGGAUUACUCUAUUGAUAAAAAUGGUUCCCUCACCGAUUUUGGAAAGAUGUGUAUCGAGGAAAUGAAUCGCUUGGGUAUGAUGAUUGACAUUCAGGGUCUAUCCAAUACUAGUCAACAAGAAAUACUUAAUAUAAGCAGGGCACCUGUUCUGAUCAGCAAUGCAGCAGCUUCUGAUGUGUUUAAAUAUUCAGGAAAUAUUGAUAAUGAAACUUUGAGUUUACUGAAAAGUAAGAAUGGUCUACUUAUGAUCACUUUCGAUGCACCUAAUUUGGGACAGGAUGAAAAUAAUGUUUCAAUAUCAAAUGUCAUCAAACAUUUAAAUUACAUCACUGAUGAAAUUGGUUUUGAUAAUAUUGCAAUUGGUGGUAACUAUGAUAGCAUGUACAAGAAACCUAAGGAUUUGGAGGACGUUUCCGAUUUUCCUGAACUUUUUAGACAGUUGAAAAAAGAUCAACCAUCAAAAUGGAAUAUUGACAAUCUUGACAAGUUAGCUGGUUUGAACUUCAAGAGAUUCUUCAAGAAUGUUGAACUGGCGAAGAAUCAAUGAAGUUGGCUGAAAUAAUCCAAGGAUAGAAAAUACGAUAUAUCUUUAUUCUGAAAUCUUAAAUAUUUAUUGAUUAUUGUUGAUUGUGAUUUGAAUAACUUUCGAAGUCUCUGAGAGAUUAUGAACUAGAAAAAUGUACAUAAUUUAUUGAAUUUUUAUAAAAUAAUUGAGUUUAAUAAAAUAUGUGAGUGUAAAAGUCA